UAAACAUAACCUGUGAAAGAUUUAAAAAUAAUUUUGAAAGUUUUAAUUUUCUCUAGAUAGUAAACUUUUAAUUUUCUACUAUAGUGAGUUUAAUACGGACUGUCAUAGUUUUUCCAAUGCAUUCAGUUAAGCAAAUUUGCAAGCCAAAUAUUGGCAGCAAUUUACAAAACAUCUUGAGACAUCUCUCCUCAACAGAAUGUUCAAAGAAACACUAUGAUAUUGUUAUUGCUGGUGGUGGAAUGAUUGGAACAACUCUUGCAUGUGCUUUAGGAAAAAACUCAAGAUUUUCGGGAAGAAAAAUUUUACUAUUAGAAUCUACCAAGGAUAUACCAUUUGUUUUGUCUGAAAAAUAUAGUAAUAGAGUUGUGUCUCUCACACCAGGAACAAAAAAGCUCUUAAACAAUAUUGGCACAUGGAAACAUAUUGAAGAAGCCAGAUUUGCUACAGUAAAGAGACUACAGGUUAUGGAUGCUUUGUCUGAUGCUUCAAUAACCUUUGGGGAAAUAAAAUCUUCUGAUGAUGUUUCCUACAUUGUAGAAAAUAACUUAAUAUUGCAUUCUGCAAAGCAAGAAAUAAAAAACACCAAUGUUGAGAUCCUCUAUGAAUCCAAAGUAAAAAAUUACCAACUACCAGGUGUUGAUGAUUGUCAAGUUAAUAUUUUUCUUGAAAAUGGUAACCAAUAUACAUGUGAUUUAUUGAUUGGCUGUGAUGGUGUAAAUUCUAAAGUUAGACAGACAAUGGGUGUACACUAUUUAAAUUGGAAUUACAACAGCACCGGUGUCGUAGCUACGCUCAAGUUCUGCGAGGAGUUUGACAAUUCCAUCGCGUGGCAACGUUGGUUGCCUACAGGACCUCUAGCUCUACUCCCGCUCAACAGUUCCCAAAGCUCUAUCGUAUGGUCCACUACAGCUGAAGACGCCAAGCGAUUACUAAAAUUAACUAACGAACAGUUUGUUGAUGCAGUAAACGAAGCCUUUUGGAAAGUUUUUAAACGCAGUACCACCAUUGAUCAAGCGGUACGGUCGUUUGACACUUUGCUUAGAGCUACAAAUUGUCCUGCCGAUGUUCAUCGUACUUAUCCUCCAAAAGUUUCCAGUAUAGAAGAAGGAAGCAGAGCUGCUUUUCCGUUAGGAUUUGGCCACGCUACAAAUUAUAUCGGAAAAGGAGUAGUUCUUGUGGGAGAUGCAGCACAUAGGGUACAUCCACUUGCAGGUCAAGGUGUUAAUCUAGGAUUUGGAGAUGUAGCUUGUCUUAACAAGGUUUUGGGCGAAACAGUGUAUUCUGGCAGCUCUUUAGGAAAUGUCAGCUACCUUAAAGAAUACGAAACCAAAAGACAACGGGAAAAUUUGACUACCAUGGUGGCCCUGGAAGGAAUGUAUAGAUUGUAUCAUACAGAAUUUACCCCGAUAGUCCUUCUCAGAAGUCUUGGUGUACAAGCUGUUGAUGUUUUAAGUCCUUUAAAGAAAAUGAUCGUUAAGCAUGCUUCCUCAUAAAAAAAUUCACCUUCUGGGCGACAACCCCAACACCGAGCCAAGAAAGUCUUCUGAUUGGUUUGUAAAUUGUAUCAAUUUUUAUUUAAAAUAUUAUAUCUUGUAUAUAACGUGAUAUUAGUUAUAAUAAAAAUCAAAAUUUAAAAGAAAUGUUUGGAUUCCAUUGCUUAUUUUCCUUCCUGUACUAAUUUAUUUUACCUUUACAUGUAAUAAGGCCAGAUGGAGCGGAAAACUUCGAAGGAUAUAAGCGGGAUUCUAAACGUUAGUAAACCUGGGUAACUGCUGCAUUUGUAAGAGGAAAGUAAUAGCGAGGUGCAUUCUUUUGGUGAGGUUGGCAAUGAAGCUUGGGUGUCUUAUCUACCUGAGUUGCCAACAUGACUUACCAGUCCUGAAUCUAUGCCAGACUUGACGAAAACUGCCAGAAGGAUUCCAAUAUGUAAAACGGAUGAUACUUUAGUCUUACCUUGCCUGCCAUAUAAGAAAAAAAUGGCGUUAGAUUACUUACUAUUAUUUUCUGAGAGUUCUACUGAAUACUUAAAAACUGAAGUGCUUAAAUCUUAUCCAUUUAUACCAUAAUAUAUACCACUUAGUACUAUAGCUCCCGUGAAGAUAGUAUGGAGGACUUAUCGCAGCUUUCUCUUUAUAAAUAAACAAAAAUAUUCUUUCUGACCAAUAUUCCCAUGAUUUCCAAUUUUGGAAUAGAUCUUAGUUUUUAACUUCCUAGAAGAUGUCAACUGCCCUAAAUUUUAAAG